AUGCCCGCUACCGUCCCUGUAUUUCUGCCUCUUGUCACAGACAAGCAGGCAAACAAGCACACAAACACUGCUUCUUCUCCUCCUUCUUCAUUUACAAACAACACGGAAGAUGUUUCCACUUCAUUUACACAGAAUGUUGUGAAGACUUCCUCAUUUAUUGCUUCGCCCCCCUGUGACGACGUCGCUGCAUGCACUUGCAUCACAAACGAUCUCACCAAGAUUGAAACCACGAUCCGCAUUCUCGACAUUCUCGAAUCAUUCGGAACUCACAUCACCAAAGAUCCCCGUCUGCAGGGCAAAUGGAUCGGAAAACCCAAAUUUCUCCACCAUGUGAUCAGCCGCGUUCGUAAAGAAGAACCCAUUCAGCUGACCAUGCCAGCCUUCCCAUGCAAGAGCGUAAGGCCACUCACUACCCACCAGCCACACAUCGCGAAAGCACCACUUGCUAACCCACCUUUAGGCCAAUCGCGAAAACAAGGUCCUUGGCCAUUUGCCCGACCUUGGUGA